GGCAGUGCCGCUGCUUUCCUGCGUGUGCGGCACCAGCUAGGGAGCUGCUGAGUCGGCCAUGAGCCUGACUCGGCCCUGGCAGGUCUAGGAAAGGCUGGUGACAAAGGAAGGAGCAGGUGGGUGUGGCCAGGCAGCCCCAGCAUCACUGUGCUUGUGCCCUUGGCCUGCCUGUGGGCUGGCGCCCCCUCUAAGCAUCAGAAAUGAGAGGAUUCAGGAUGUGGAGUCAGGUACCCCCGGAGCCACCCACGUCCCCACCUAAGCUCUCUGCUGCCUUGUCUCAGCCUCCCCUGCUGGGGUAGCUGCCACCAUGUUCUCGUGUGUGAAGCCCUACGAGGACCAGAACUACUCCGCCCUGAAGCGGGCCUGUCUGCGCAGGAAGGUGCUCUUCGAGGACCCCAACUUCCCGGCCACCGACGACUCCCUGUACUACAAGGGCACCCCGGGGCCCACUGUCAGGUGGAAGCGGCCCAAGGACAUAUGUGAGGACCCCCGCCUUUUUGUGGACGGCAUCAGCUCCCAUGACCUGCACCAGGGCCAAGUGGGCAACUGUUGGUUUGUGGCGGCCUGCUCGUCACUCGCCUCCCGGGAGUCACUGUGGCAAAAGGUCAUCCCAGACUGGAAGGAGCAGGAGUGGGACCCUGAGAAACCCAGUGCCUACGCGGGCAUCUUCCACUUUCACUUCUGGCGCUUUGGGGAGUGGGUGGACGUGGUCAUUGAUGAUCGACUGCCCACGGUCAACAACCAGCUCAUCUACUGCCACUCCAACUCCCGCAGCGAGUUCUGGUGCGCCCUGGUGGAGAAGGCCUAUGCCAAGCUGGCGGGCUGUUACCAGGCCCUGGAUGGAGGCAACACGGCGGAUGCGCUGGUGGACUUCACAGGUGGCGUUUCCGAGCCCAUCGACCUGACUGAGGGUGGCUUUGCCAACGAUGAGGCCAAGAGGAACCAGCUCUUUGAGCGUGUGUUGAAGGUGCACAGCCGAGGAGGCCUCAUCAGUGCCUCCAUCAAGGCAGUGACAGCAGCAGACAUGGAGGCCCGCCUGGCAUGUGGCCUGGUGAAGGGACAUGCAUAUGCCAUCACUGAUGUGCGCAAGGUGCGCCUGGGCCACGGCCUGCUGGCCUUCUUCAAGUCAGAGAAGCUGGACAUGAUCCGCCUGCGUAAUCCUUGGGGCGAGCGGGAAUGGAACGGGCCCUGGAGUGACACCUCAGAGGAGUGGCAGAAAGUGAGCAAGAGUGAGCGGGAAAAGAUGGGGGUGACCGUGCAGGAUGACGGGGAGUUCUGGAUGACCUUCGAGGACGUGUGCCGAUACUUCACCGACAUUAUCAAGUGCCGUGUGAUCAAUACGUCUUACCUGAGCAUCCACAAGACGUGGGAGGAGGCCCGGCUGCGUGGCGCCUGGACGCGGCAUGAGGACCCCCGGAAGAACCGCAGCGGGGGCUGCAUCAAUCACAAGGACACCUUCUUUCAGAACCCGCAAUACAUCUUUGAUGUCAAGAAGCCAGAAGAUGAAGUGCUGAUCUGCAUCCAGCAGCGGCCCAAACAGUCUACCCGCCGGGAUGGCAAGGGUGAAAAUCUGGCCAUUGGCUUUGACAUCUACAAGGUGGAGGAGAACCGUGAGUACCGCAUGCACGGUCUGCAGCACAGGGCCGCCAGCUCCAUCUACAUCAACUCACGCAGCGUCUUCCUGCGGACGGACCAGCCCGAGGGCCGCUAUGUCAUCAUCCCCACCACCUUCGAGCCAGGCCACACUGGCGAGUUCCUCCUCCGGGUCUUCACUGAUGUGCCCUCCAACUGCCGGGAGCUGCGCCUAGAUGAGCCUCCCCACUCCUGCUGGAGCUCCUUGUGCGGCUACCCACAGCAGGUGACCCAGGUGCACAUCCUAGGGGCUACCGGUCUCAAGGACUCCUCGACGGGGGCCAACUCUUAUGUGAUCAUUAAGUGUGAAGGGGACAAAGUCCGCUCGGCGGUGCAGAAAGGUACCUCCACACCCGAGUACAACGUGAAAGGCAUCUUCUACCGCAAGAAGCCAGGCCAGCCCAUCACAGUCCAGAUCUGGAACCACCGAGUCCUGAAGGACGAAUUCCUGGGCCAGGUGCACCUGAAGGCCGACCCGGAUGACCUCCAGGCCCUGCACACCCUCCACCUCCAGGACCGCAGCAGCCGGCAGCCCAGCGACCUGCCAGGCACGGUUGCUGUAUGUGUCUUCAGUAGCACGUCCCUCACGGCCAUCUGACCCCUGUCCCUCUGCCUGGCCUCCACAGUUUUACCGCCAUCUGCAUGUCCCCAGCCAGGCCAGGGACUAGCCUGGGAGCCAGGACACUGGGGGCCUUUCCCCAGCUUUUCCGCUGACUUGCUGUGUGACCUUGGGAGGCCUCUGCCCCUCUCGGGGCCUCAGUGUCCCAAGGACCCCGAAGCAUUCCCUUCUCACAGAGGAGUCUUCCUGCCUGAGAUUUACAGUAGCUCUUCCGACCCCAGCUGUCACCACUGCUAAGGGACUCUAUCCGUUGAAAACGUUUUCUCAAGGCCCUGCUGUCUGCCGACGGAGUGCCAACCUGUCACUUGUUUACACACGACCUUUCACGUCCCCAGGCCCCACUCUUGCCCCUUGUGUCCCAGACCCGCCCCCAUGUCCCAGACUUUGCUUUCUCUGUCACCUACACAUGGUUUUCUAGCCACCUUGAAAGGACUCUUGGCUGUUGCCGGGUUUCUGCUUAGGCUGGAAUUAGGAAAAUGUGCAAGUGACAGUCAUUCAUUCUCUACUCCUGCCCACUUGCCCAUUCAUUUAUUUACUCAACAGAGAUUUGCCAAAUGAAUAAAUGAUGCCCAUGAGUCGCCCGCUGGAGCUGGGGCCCUCCCUGCAGCUCUGGGAGACCUGGCAUCCACCCGGGGCCUCACCCCUGCCUGGGUCCUCUCAGAGGUCGACGCCCAGACAUGGCUGCGGCCUCACCCCAGGUUCUGAUUUCACGCCUAGCCUCUGGGUGAAGGCCCCUAGUGGGAUGGUGGCAUCUUCCUGCCUCCACUGCCUUCAUGUCAGGAGGACACCCCCCUUUGGUCGGCCAGGAGGGUGUGGCGGGCAUGGGGACCUGAGGGGAGGCACAUGCUUUCAGGCCCCCCUCUGCUGCAAGACUUGGGCUUUUCCUGGGAGGAGGCCUGGGGUGGCAGUCUCAGGCCCACUGGGCUCAGAUCACUUCUUGGGCUUGGCAGGAGACCGGUAAAUCCGUCACCUGACCAGAGGCCCCUCUUCCAACAUUCCCUGCAAAAUGCAGCCCUCCUCUUGCUGCCUGGACCAAAACGUUCCUUUAGUCCUCAAUGUUUUAUAUUCUUUAGUGUUAAUCAAUCUUAACCAGGGGUUUUUAAAGGAAAACUGAAAGCCUGAACCCCUUUUUUCAUCUUAAACUCCAAUUCCUGUGGUUCCCCUGAUUUUAUUUUCAUUCUGCUGGGGGAGGGGGUGAGAAAUCACAUCUUCUCAGAGGAGGCCUGCAGGUGGGUGAAUAAGAGGGUAUUUUUUUUUACUUGGACGUAUCACAAGCCGGCACCACCCGUGUUCUUGGUGAGCGUUGGCGCCAUGACCUGUUUCGGGUCCCUUCUGUGCCCUUCCCUGGCUCCAGACUGGGCACCGUAAAUGAAAAAGCCCAGGUGGUUCAAGAACAAGAAUUCCUGUGGCCUUGCUGGGAAUUCCUUUUGGGCACCCGAAUGUUUGGCUCCAGAUCUGGCUGUUUGCUGCAGUGUCCUGGCUGGAGGUGCUGGCUUCUUGACUUUGCCUCCUCACUCUGUGGCCAGCUCUAUUCCUGUGCCCUGGUCCCCGGGCCGCACGAGGGGCCAGGAACUGAACAAGGAGGACAAGAGGAUUCCUUCUCGAAAAGCUGGGACUUGCCCUCGAGAACCUGGGGCUGGGACAUGACCACAUGACCAGGAGCAAGUCACUGAAACCUCCUGUGCCUCGAUUUCCCUUCUGCAAAGUGGGGCUAAUGGUUCUUGUUCGUCAGCACUCUCGCUAACAAGUGCUGAAUAAGGGCAAAACCGUACCCUUUAUGUAUCUCUGUAUGCGUGCACACUAUAUCCACUCAUGUAAUCACUUCCCAGUGUCUUUUUCAAGUGAAGGCUCCCAAGUUGGGGUGGAGACGUGAGGGCCAGCCUGGGGCUUCUGGGGCGGAAACAUGGGUCUUUGCUCAGCCAUGCCCCCUUGGGCUAGGGGGCAAACCAGGAUCAAUUGGCAGGCCUAUGUGGGCUUCAGUCUGAGGAUUGGGCACUGCCUCUUCCCCCCCAAAAUGGGUUUGGCAGCCCUCUCCUUGCUUCCUGCCCCUCUGAGUGGGCCAGGCUGGCUCCUGGCUGUGCGAAUGUCCCUCCCUGAUCCCUGGGUGAGUGAGGAUAGAUUUCUUCCGGGCUGGGACUGGAGGGUGGGUGGGGAGAGCAAUUGCUCUGCUCACCUGAUGCACCCUUCAGCCUGUGGGGCCCACGGAGUCCCCAUUUGCAUCUGGGCAGGGCCUCUGGUCCAUACCACCCGGAUGUGGGCUUUACUCCCCUCAGGGCCUACCGUGGGGUCAGGAGUGGAUACCUGUUCUGUUCUCAGAAUAAACAUUACUACAGUCCCAGAAAA